GCGAAGAUCGCAUGUAUAGCUUCUACAGGGGUGGUCACUAAAGUCGAAUAAUGAGUCAACGGGUUACUUAAGCAUUAACGUAAAAAGAGAGAAUAGAUUAAAUUGUGUUUAUUGUGUCGACAAAUGUACGUGGGUGCGUGCAGCUACUCACCCACGAUAAAUGGCCUUGUGAUUAAAAAACUUUCGGAACUAUUGUACGAUGAUGAUGACAGCGGGUUCACUGGUCAACGCUGAGCCUUUCAAGCACGCCCACACAACCACAAGCGAACCACUGUGCGAUAUGUCGUACAGAUUUAUCUCAUCCGGGUCACCCCUGUUCCGACACUCCAGCAGCGAAGCUGGAAAUGAAGUCAAUGACAACAACCAACCAAGGCAUAAACCAGCUUUAAAGAGAAAGUCUGAAGAAAGUAUUUCUGAUCCAUCGCUGGCGUUCCAUCCAGCAGCAAGAGGAGGUUUCAUCUUAAACUCAUUUGCAUACGAUGCUAUACAAAGCAUGCAUAGAGGCCAAAGCAACCAAAGUCAUGACAUUGUACCGAACACUUUACCAAAGAUAUCAGAUCCCCAUCGAAGGUCUCCUGAAACUCAGCCCACGAGGCCCCCUAGUGGUAGCGUCCCACACGGAAGUAGAUCGUUCUUUGACAACGACGAGGAUGACUCGUGGAAAGUUUGUGGCGUUUGUAACGACAAAGCUACCGGUUAUCACUUCAACGCUCUUACCUGCGAGGGCUGUAAAGGUUUCUUCAGGCGGAGCGUUAAAAAUUCCAAGACUUUUACCUGCACAUACAACAACCAAUGUAGCAUCACUAAAAGCAACAGAAGGCAGUGCCAAGCCUGCAGGUUGAGAAAAUGCAUUCAAAUUGGAAUGAAGCGCGAAUGUAUCAUGUCACCAGAUGAAAUACAGAUGAAAAAAACUUUAGUUUUAUCGAACCGCAUAAAACGUGCAACAAUGCAAUGGGUGCCUAUGGAGCUAACCAACGACCAGAAGAUACUUCUGGACACAAUUUGUUCGGCGUUUAUUCAAAGCAACAACUUACCUGAGAAAGGAGUAAUCAGGGGUGGGGAGGAAGUGCGACAGGACGCAGAUAAAGGAUCUCCAUGUUCAUCACCCUCGUCAUCCAGCAAUAAUUCAAACUUUUUGGAAUUGAUCAAGCGCAUAGCAAACGACAUAGCAGCACGUACACCAAGCAACAUGACAAACCCAGCGCAUGUUGUUCACUUCACCGACAUUAUGGAGUUCAGCAUCAAAGAAAUUAUCAAGUUCUGCAAAAAAAUCCCAACUUUUAUGGACUUGGACCUAAAAGAUCAAAUCGCGUUACUUAAAUCGGGCUGCACUGAGAUAUUGUUUAUUAAAGCCAACUAUACAUAUGAUCUUGAGAAAAAAGCGUUAACCCUUGGGCCUGAUAUUCUCUAUACCAGAGAUUCCUUCUUACAAGGUGGAAUGUCGGUUGAAUACACGGAUAAUUACCUCAAGUUUCAUGAAGAUUUGAGCGCUUUACAACUGGAUGAUGUUGAAAUGUCAUCCCUGUCUGCAAUCGCCCUAUUUUCGGCAGAUCGAGCUGACUUGGUGGACCAGCAGCGUGUGGAAAAUCAGCAAGAAGCUUUAGCUUUAUGUUUACAAGCUUACUCUGAAAGCUCAUGGAAAAUUCGGAAUCGUUUCGCCAUCAUCAUGUCGUUCCUACCAAGGCUGAGAACCCUCAACAGUUUGUGUACGACUGCCUUCUCACAAGUCAAGAAACAAUUUGGUGAAGAAAUUCGGCCGCUUGUUAAAGAAGUUCAACCCACCGUGGAAAACGCUUGAAUGUACAAAGAAAACAAACAAAGAGACAAUGACAGUGAUAGGCUGUGGUGAAAUGAAGGCCGUAGUGGAUUAGCAAUAUCUUCUGGAAACUUUUUAUGACAUUUCUAUUUUAAUCUCGUUUUAAAGUUUUAUGACUCUUCUCCUCAUGUUGUUUCAUUGUAACUUUAUUGAGGGUUCAUAGUAUCAACCCUGCACAGAAGGAACCGCUACACUCAUGGCCUCCGUCCUGAGUUUCUACCUCACACUAAUGAAAUGCAGCAUCAAGUAGGGCCCACUACGCCAUAUGUUGGCUCAACAUCACAUGACAGCUGCACUUACCACCAAAUCCUGACAAAUAGGAAUGGAAAGAAUUUUAAAAAGUGAAAAACACAGUCAAAAGUAACAAUGAUCUUUGGGAUAACUCAUCAUUUGUGACAAUAUUCACAUUACAAGAGGUACAACCUAAAUCAUCUACAAUGAAUUAUACCUGGAAUUAAAAACACUCAAAACUGAUCGAAAUCUUCAGGAAAAAAAACAACAUUUUUGUGACAAUAUUCACAUUACGAAACAUCUUGAAGCUACAAAGAAAUUGCCAGGAAACCUUCUGUGCAGUUAUAGGACAGUGCUUACCUGUGAGUGUGUUUCCACACUCAGCAUUGAAUUGUAAAGACGAGUUUUGCGUCACCAGCUUCUGUUGUAAACUCCGCCAAGUUCAGCACAUUUGUCCAGGAUAUCAUUGCUCAGCAUACAGUGUGCUCAUAUAUCUUGUGUCUUAUUUAUACAUUUGCGCCAACUAGGCAAGAAGGAAAGCAACAACCAUUAAACUUGGGUUAAUAUAUAGUAGUGACCACUCUGGUUUAUCAUUCAAGUUUGGGUAACAGGACAACUCUGGCCUAAAAAUGGACUUCACCCAUAAAAAUUCCAUUAAAUGAAAUAUAUCCAAUCGCACAGAUCCAUAUAAAGUAAUAAUUAUCACGGUUCGAUCAUUGAAUAUUUAUUAACAAGGUGAUUUUGUUUAAAUCUUGAAUUAUCUUUUCGUUUCCAAUUAUAACAGUUGUUUGAUGUCUCAAAAGUGGACGCAUACCCCCGAUAACUUACAUGCACGCCAGGUUUUAGUUGCUUACCUGUUUGAAGUUCAUGUGGUUUGAUCAACAUAGUUUAAUUUCAUGUACCUUGAAAGUUUCAUGUUUAGCUUGCAUGUUUUACAACUCCACCCUAAGAGAAUGAUAUCCUCGUAGAUUCUAAACAACCUCGUAGAUUCUAAACAAUCAUGCAAAAUACAUGAGUGGUAUCCAAUUACUUGUUUACACCAAAAUUGCAUGAAAUGUUUUAUUUUAUUAAACCUUUUAUCAAAUUUAUCUAAAAUUGUAUUUACUUUUAUUGAAUUAACAAUGUUCCUUAAACACCUCUUAAAACACUGAACAAAAGUUUCGUUUUUCCUCUAAUAUUUUAUCCACUAAGUAUUCAAUAUGUAAAACCCAGUGUGCCCCAUAUUAGGAAAUAUCUGUUAUUUUUAUUCGUACCCUACACCACUGGAUUGUAUAAUGUUGAAGUAUAUAUACCAGUGUUUCAUUGCUAUUACUAACACGGACAUAGCCGCC